AUGGACUGUAGCUCUACUACACUUAAAGUCAUCUGUAUUUUUAUUUUGGCAACAACAUCAAUAGAUGGCGCGCGCUAUUUCUCUGUCGAAUUAUUGAAGGCAAAUUUUACAGUUACAAAUAAGGCGAUUGUUCAAUCGUUGCACUCUCAUGUCUACAAUCGAAAAGUCUUGUAUAACGAUUUUAUUUUCAAUGAAGAUGUGCCAGUUUUCGAUGUGACCGUUGGUGUUGAUAUGAUGAAAAAGGAUAAUCACCCAUCACCCAUAUGGAACCAAACAUUUAGCGGCUGCGAGUUACUGGAAAACAGUCAAAAAAUCAAUUUAUUGGUUAUUUUAAGGCGAGAAAUCUUCCGUGUAUCCAAUUUACCGAAGGCAUGCCCACUCUUAAAGAAUAAAUGGUAUACGAUAAAAAAUUAUACCAUCAGAGAUGACGACUUUCCAAUUGUAACACCUAUUAUGGAGUGGCGACUGAAGGGCGAUUUCAGCAUUCGCCAAAAGUCCUUUAUACACGUCAUCGCAGUAGGCCGGAUACGCAAGUUGUGA